AUGGAUUCAUACGAUUUCGCCAACAGUAUGGAUUUCCUCUCUACAUCGCCGUCCACUACGGCCGAUGAUAGCUCCUGCGACGACUCGACUGGCCCUACCACACCGGAAAGUAUUAGCCCUCUACUCGGCGCCGCGCGUGUUGAAGACGUGCUCGAGACACCGCUCGCCCAAUACCUCAACAAGAUGAAACCUCCAGUCAAUGCACUCGCGAAGAAGCUUCCUUUUCAUGCUGCUCCCAAUCAACGGGACGCUCUCUUUUCCAAGCUAGUGAGACACAUUGCUGUGGUUGGAGCGGGCUAUGUUGGUGGUCCCACUGCCGCAGUUAUCGCGCUGCACAACCCACAUAUACGGGUAGAUGUACUCGAUAAAGAUCCCCGACGUGUGCGCCGGUGGAACUCGCCUCAUCUCCCUAUCUAUGAGCCGGGUCUCGUUGAUAUAGUCAGAGUGAGCCGCGAUGGAGCCAGUGCUCGUUUGAGGGAUGCUUCGGUUGCGGACACUCCAGUAGAUCGCAUUCCUAAUCUAUUCUUCACAACGGAUUCACAGACCAGUUUGGCCAAAGCCGAUGUGGUUAUGCUGGCUGUCAACACCCCAACAAAGACAUUUGGUGUCGGGGGUGGCCGUGCAACUAACAUGACAACUUUUGAUGCGGCAGCCAAAGAGGUGGCUUUAUAUGCUAGACCGGGCACGAUCAUCGUCGAGAAAAGUACAGUCCCAUGCGGUACAGCGCAGCGCGUACGAAAGAUGCUGGAUGAAGUCCGCCCCGGUGUUCCCUUUGAGAUUGUCUCCAACCCAGAAUUCCUUUCAGAAGGCACAGCCGUGCGAAACCUGAUGCAACCUGAUCGCGUACUCAUUGGGUCGGACAAGACUCCUUCCGGCCGUCGGGCGGCAGAGGCCCUCGCCAAUGUCUAUGCAGCCUGGGUCCCUCGUCCUCGAAUAUUGGAAGUCAACGCCUGGUCAUCUGAGCUUGCUAAGCUAGUUAGCAAUGCGAUGCUGGCGCAACGUAUAAGCAGCAUCAAUUCCAUCAGUGCUAUUUGCGAUAAAACCGGAGCUGACAUUGACGAAAUUGCCAAGUCAGCUGGUAUCGACCCUCGCAUCGGCUCACAGUUCCUCAAGGCCGGCCUGGGGUUCGGUGGUUCAUGCUUCCGUAAGGAUAUUUCCAGUUUAACAUACCUGGCCGAGUCGUUGGGCUUGCCUGAGGUGGCACAUUAUUGGAGUCAAGUGAAUUCUAUGAACGAGUGGCAACGAGACCGCUUUGCUUAUAAGAUCAUUCGACGUUUGGAAGAGAAUCUGGUUGGCAAGAAGGUCGCCCUUUUGGGAUUCGCUUUCAAGAAGAACACGGGUGAUACACGAGAAUCGCUAGCAGUGGAUGUCAUUCGAGUUUUGUUGCAGGAAAGGCCAGGAGAGAUCGCCAUUUUCGACCCAUGCUGCCUGUCAGAGGAUAUUAUCCGUGAAUUAGAGCCAAUCUUGGAUUCUGCAACCCGAGAACGGGUCCACGUAUAUUCAGAUGCUUACCAGGCAUGCCAACAAGCUCAUGCAGUGGUGGUCAUCAACGACUCAGAUCCAUUCCGUCAAUCUCCCGCCAAGCAGCGCAAUUCAAAUGUUGAUGGGGGUACGCGAACUUAUUACGAACCUUCUCCUCAUGUGCACGCUGUUUCAGAGGAUAUAGUCAUCGAGGGAAGUCGCUUCUCUUACCUACCUGGUCAAUCACCUAUUUGCGCCGAGGACUGCCCAGAUUGUCAAUCAACCAAAUUACGAGGAGCCAUGUCAAGCGAGCCAGUCGAAUGGGCACGCAUUGCCUACGGCAUGAAAGAUCCCAAAUGGAUAUUUGACGGCCGUGGAGUGUUGGAUGUGCCAGAGAUGGAGAAAUUGGGAUAUCGCGUAGAGACGCUGGGUCGUCAAACAAAGUCUCGUUAG